AUGACAGUCGUGGACCCUCGUUCUGAGACAGUCUCGUUGACCGAUCAGACGAACCUACUCCCCAGGAAGAAGGUUAUGGCCGUUUUCUUCGGUCUUGCGCUGUGUAUCCUUGUCUCCUGCCUGGACUCGACAAUCGUCGCAACGGCUCUCCCGACCAUAUCAGCGGCAUUCAACGCAGGAUCUGUCGUCUCCUGGGUACCUUCUGCGUAUUUCCUCACUUCAACCGCUUUCCAGCCGCUCUAUGGGCGUUUUAGCGAUAUCUUCGGCCGAAAGGCAGCACUCUGCCUCGCGAUGGGCACAUUCAUGGUCGGCUCCCUCGCCGCCGGCUUUUCACGCACUAUCAUAGAGCUUAUCGUCCUCCGGGGCCUCGCUGGCGCCGGUGGUGGUGGCAUUGUGAGCAUGGCGCAGAUCGUUAUCUCCGACGUCGUGUCGCUCCGCGAUCGCGGGAAGUAUCAAGGCAUCAUUGGGGUCGUGGUCGCGUUCGGCUGGGCGGUGGGUCCUCUCAUGGGAGGAAUCCUCGCCGAGAAGGCGGGCUGGAGGUGGUGCUUCUGGGUCACACUCCCGGUUUCUCUUUGCGCUCUCAUCUUCGUGCUCUAUGUGCUCCCUCUUAAGUCAGUAGAGGGCAACAUCAAGAAGAAGCUCGCCGUGGUGGACUACUUCGGGACGGCGCUGACGCUUGUAGGGUGUACGCUGGUCAUUCUCCCAAUCAUCUGGGGAGGAGUUACGUUCCCAUGGUCCUCGCCUGUGGUUCUGGCACCGCUGUGCUCUGGCGCGGUCGUCAUCGCCAUAUUCUGCAUAUGGGAGUGGAAGGGCGCGCGACUCCCCAUCAUUCCAAUGUAUAUCUUCAAACAGAUCACUGUCACUGGGGUGUAUAUCGCUAUGUUCAUUAACGGCGUGGUAUUUUAUUCUUCCCUCUUCUAUAUCCCCCAGUACUUCCAGGUUGCGCUGAGCUACUCUGCCAUCCGCUCUGGAGUCUUCUUGCUUCCCGUCCUCGUCAGUCAGACCCUAGGAAGCUUCAUCUCAGGGCAAAUGGUCAGUAGGACCGGCAGGUAUCGGACCAACAUCUACUGCGGGUUCGCUGUUUGGACCGUUGGGUGCGGCUGUCUUUCCACCAUCACGCCUUCGACGCCCAAGGGUCUCCUCGUGUUCUUCAUGCUCCUUGCUGGGUUUGGAGCCGGUGGGACCCUGCAGACUACCACAGUCGCGGCGCAAGCAAGCGUCUCAAGACGGGACAUGUCUGUUGUGACUGCUGUUCGCAACUUCAUCCGUCUUCUCGGCGGUACCCUCUCCCUCGCUAUUGGCGCAACGAUCAUCAACAACUCCCUCCGCGCCACCAUGACCUCGCUCGGCCUCGCCUCCUCUACUAUUUCCCAAAUUGUCGAUGACCCAACCAUUCUCGGAGCGCGCACAUCCGCGUCCGAAUCUAGUCUCACAGACCUCGGAAUCUCUGCAGACAUCGCUCAACGCAUCCUUGACUCCUAUAUCAAGGGCUUUAGAACGGUGUUCAUCAUGAAUGCGAGUCUGAAUGCGGUCGCAACUAUGGCUGCGAUCACCAUGAUACGCCACAUAGAGCUGACGAGGGGCGACGAGGAGAUGCUGAAAAAAAAGGCGAUUGAAGACGCGCCAGCAUCCGAGAAGAGCAAUGUUGUCGAGGUUAUUGGAACCGUGACCAAAGAAAAGCAGAACACGCCAGGCGACGAAAACGUUUGA